AAAAGUUGUUCUUUUUCUUCACAGAGACACUUGUGUCUUGUCAGUGAACUUAAGUUUUACAGGUGGGUUCAGUUAAUGUCACACAGACAUUCGUGCCUUGUCGGUGUACCUAAGUUUGACAGGUGAGUUCAUUUAAUAUCACACAUAAAUUCGUGCCUUGUCGGUGUACCUAACCUUGACAGGUUAGUUCAGUAAAUGUCACACAGACAUUUGUGCCUUGUCGGUGUAUCUAACCUUAAAAGGUGAGUUCAGUUAAUGACACACAGACAUUCGUGCCUUGUCGGUGUACCUAACUUUGACAGGUGAGUUCAGGUAAUGUCACACAGACAUUCGUGCCUUGUCGGUGUACCUAAGCUUGACAGGUGAGUUCAGUUAAUGUCACACAGACAUUCGUGCCUUGUCGGUGUACCUAACCUUGAAAGGUGAGUUCAGUUAAUGUCACACAGACAUUAGUGCCUUGUCGGUGUACCUAACCUUGACAGGUGAGUUCAGUUAAUGUCACACAGACAUUCGUGCCUUGUCGGUAUACCUAACCUUGACAGGUGAGUUCAGUUAAUGUCACACAGACAUUAGUGCCUUGUCGGUGUACCUAACCUUAACAGUUGAGUUCAGCUAAUGUCACACAGACAUUAGUGCCUUGUCGGUGUACCUAACCUUGACAGGUGUGUUCAGUUAAUGUCACACAGACAUUCGUGCCUUGUCGGUGUACCUAACCUUGACAGGUGAGCUCAGUUAAUGUCACACAGACAUUAGUGCCUUGUCGGUGUACCUAACCUUGACAGGUGAGUUCAGUUAAUGUCACACAGACAUUAGUGCCUUGUCGGUGUACCUAACCUUAACAGGUGAGUUCAGCUAAUGUCACACAGACAUUCGUGCCUUUUCGGUGUACCUAACCUUGACAGGUGUGUUCAGUUAAUGUCACACAGACAUUCGUGCCUUGUCGGUUUACCUAACCUUGACAGGUGAGUUCAGUUAAUGUCACACAGACAUUAGUGCCUUGUCGGUGUACCUAACCUUGACAGGUGAGUUCAGUUAAUGUCACACAGACAUUCGUGCCUUGUCGGUGUACCUAACCUUGAGAGGAGAGUUCAGUUAAUGUCACACAGACAUUAGUGCCUUUUCGGUGUACCUAACCUUGACAGGUGAGUUCAGUUAAUGUCACACAGACAUUAUUGCCUUGUCGGUGUACCUAACCUUGAGAGGAGAGUUCAGUUAAUGUCACACAGACAUGCGUGCCUUGUCGGUGUACCUAACCUUGACAGGUGAGUUCAGUUAAUGUCACACAGACAUUCUUGCCUUGUCGGUGUACCUAACCUUGAGAGGAGAGUUCAGUUAAUGUCACACAGACAUGCGUGCCUUGUCGUUAAUGGCAACCAUUCUUCGGUUGUUGUAUUUUAUUGUUGUUUUAGAUUUAACUGCAGAGAAUAGUCUACAGCUGCGUUCAUAAAAAUACCAAACAUAGUAACCGUCAAAGGAGGAAAAGUGAAGAUUACGCUAUGUGCAAGAAUACAGUUUCAAGAAAUUUGAAACAUAUCAAUAGAAACCAACCAAACCAAAUCAAAGCUAGGACAAUGUAAUUAGAUAUUUGUGGUCAAACCCACGUAAUAUGGAGGAGAAAAAAAUGGGUGGGCUGAUGCCACAUAAGACAUCCAGAUGAACGAAGCGUACAACUCUCCUUUGCCAUAAUCUUUGGGCACUUUUGACGUCCGAACCAUCGUUUCAUUGCUGCACGGUGUUUUGACACGGCGUAGCCUGUCCCCAAAGCAAUUCCACUCCCUGCCCACCGAUGACGUUCUUUGUUUCUUUGUUUUGGUGAGCGUCAACGUUUCAUCAAUUUGUUUUCACAGAAUUUAUGAACGAGGAAAAACCCAAUCAGAUUUGUCAGAAUUGUUGCGAAAUGUGGACUGGAUAAUCAAGUUGAGUAUCUUGGCAGAUAUCUUUGCCAGCCAGUAGUGUUGGAGGUGGGGGGCUGCUUAUUGCGGACGGCACAUUUUUCUUUAUAUAGAUGGGCAGUUGUUUUUUCCAAUUCAUGGAAGGUACGGAAGUGUUCUUGGUAUAACCCGGAGAGGCACUGUCACUAGCUACGACGCAACUGCCCUCAUCCUAUAUGAGCUCAACAUAUCCAUGCAAGGAAAGAGCACUACGAUAAUCACAAAGGCUGACCAUACCAAUGGUCAAGGACGAAGGCUGAAGGGAUGGUCCGUUGGUUUGAAUAACGAUUUGCAAGAUAAGUUGUUGGAUCUUGCUGCUGAAUAAGGCAAAAAAGAUCGUUUUCACCACUACGACAUCACUAGCAAAAUUUUGGAAAUAUUGGGAUAACACUGGUCUUCAGCUUCUCCCUCCAUUCAUCUCGUUCCUGUGCUUUUCUUUCCAGUUGUGUAUCCCAUAUAACUCUUCUUUGGGAAGAAGAGCCCUCUCAUGUAGGGCUGAAAAUGUUUGGAUGAAAAAGGAGGAGGGUUGGCAUGAGGCCAGCUUGGAGGAGGGUUGUGGUGAGGCCAACUAGGAAGAGGGUUAAUGUGAGGCCAGCAAGAAAGAUGGUUGGCGUGAGUUAAGCUUGAUGGUGGGUUGGUGUGAGGUCAGCUAGGUGGUGGGUGAGCGUAAGGUCAGCUAGGUUGAUGGGUUAGUGUGAGGCAAGCUAGGUGAUGGGUUAGCCUGAGGUCAGCUAGGUGGUGGGUUGCCGUGAGGUCAGCUAGGUGGUGGGUUGCCGUGAGGUCAGCUAUGUGAUUGGUUGGCGGGAGGUCAGCUAGGUGGUGGGUUGCCGUGAGGUCAGUGAGGUGUUGGGUUAGUAUGAGGCCAGCUAGGUGAUGGGUUAGCGUGAGGUCAGCUACUAGGUGGGUUAGCGUGAGGUCAGCUAGGUGGUGGGUUGGUGUGAGGUCAGCUAGGUGAUGGGUUGGCGUGAGGUCAGCUAGGUGGAGGAUUGGCAUGAGGCCAGCUAGGUGGUGGGUUAGUGAGAGGUCAGCUAGGAGGUGGGUUAGCGUGAGGCCAGCUAGUAGGUGGGUGUCCAUGAGGUCAGCUAGGUGGUGGGUUGGUGUGAGGUCAGCUAGGUGUUGGUUUGGCGGGAGGUCAGCAGGUGAUGGGUUGGCAUAAGUUCAGCUAAGUGAUGGGUUGGCGUGAGGCCAGCUAGGUGGUGGGUUGCCGUGAGGUCAGCUAGGUGGUGGGUUGGUGUGAGGUCAGCUAGGUGAUGGGUUAGUGAAAGGCAAGCUAGGUGAUGGGUUAGCGUGAGGUCAGCUAGGUUGUGGGUUGGCAUAAGGCCAGCUAGGUGGUGGGUUAGCGUGAGGUCACCUUAGUGGUGGGUUAGCGUGAGGUCAGCUGGGUGCUGGGUUAGUGUGAGGCAAGCUAGGUGAUGGGUUAGCGUAAGGUCAACUUGGUGGUAGGUUGCAGUGAGCUCAGCUAGGUGAUGUGUUGGCGGUAGGCCAGCUAUGUGGUGGGUUGCUGUGAGGUCAGCUAGGAGAUGGGUUGGCGGGAGGUGCAGCUAGGUGGUGGGUUGUUGUGAGGUCAGCUAGGGUCUGGGUUAGUGUGAGGCCAGCUAGGUGAUGGGUUGCCGUGAGGUCAGCUAGUAGGUGGGUUGCCGUGAGGUCAGCUCAGUGAUGGGUUGGUCAGCUAGGUGGUGGGUUGUUGUGAGGUCAGCUAGGGUCUGGGUUAGUGUGAGGCCAGCUAGGUGAUGGGUUGCCGUGAGGUCAGCUAGUAGGUGGGUUGCCGUGAGGUCAGCUCAGUGAUGGGUUGGCGGGAGGUCAGCUAGGUUGAGGAUUGGCAUGAGGCCAGCUAGGUGGUGGUUUAGCAUGAGGCCAGCUUGGUGAUGGGUUGGUGUGAGGUCAGCUAGGUGGUGGGUUGACGUGAGGCCAGCGACCUCAACCGUAAAAAAGCUACAAAAAAUCUAAAAAAAAGUGAUUCUGCGCACUCCCAGUUUACUUCUUAUGUUCUUAUUUUCAUGAUGAUGAUGAUGUUUUAAGCUGAAACAAACUACUUUGUCUUAGUGUGGUUACAGAUCUGUAACGUAUAGUGCCACAGUUAGAAGCGUGUACUCGAAAGAACACUUGUUUGUUGGGAUUUCGUGGUCACACCUGUUGUCUUUUGCUCAUUACGUAAAUAGUUCGACUGUAACAGAUGUCAAAGUGGACUUGAAAAAUUGACUGACAGAAUUACAGAAAUCGAUGCAUUUAUUUUUUCCAAUGAUUCCUUGCCAACACUUUUUCUGUGUCUCAUAGUUUCCUCGCAUUAUAUCCAGUGAGCCCGUGACCCGUCGCCUAUGACCCGUCGCCUAUGACCCGUGGCCUGUGACCUGUGACCUAUAUCUCCUGGCCUGCGACCUGUUGCUUAAGCUGAAUUUAUGUAAAGGAUGCUUGAAAUUAAUGGAACACUUCUAGUUCUGCUUUUUCUAGUCAUUGUAUCAGGUAAGAUUUUGAUGGGGAAAAUAUAUAAAUUUAUUACACUGCUUUGUCAAUGAUGCCUUAGAAGAGCGGCUGAAACAAAGAUUGUCAAUGAUACAUGAGACUGGUGUUUUCGAUGUUUAUGCAUAAAGAAAAAAGCACUGGUUAAAGCAUACUGAAACAUUAACAAUAAACAUUAUAAAAAAAUAAUAAUAACAUAUUUAAAUAUAUUUCAUCAGUGGUUUCUUGACAGCACUGUUAUAAUUAUAAUACAAAAUAAUUAAUUAAAUCGGGGAGCUCAUUGAUUAUUCUUGUUUGUGUUGUUGUUUGUCCUUUGCAAGUGAAGAUGAACCAGUCUAUUUUCUACUUGAGUAGUACGGUAGCCUUCACUCGGGCUGUAUUUUGUUUAAAGUGAUUGAGAGUGGCUCAAUUCGUCAGCAAUACCCUCUCGUCCUUGACUGUUUUAGUCAAUGGCAAGAAUUAGUCAAGACGUCUGGAAAUAUACCAGGAUGCAUCAGAUGACCAGCAGUGUGUCAUUUAGUAAUGGAGAGGAAACAUAUUGGGGGGCGGUUGGGAGAUACUAUUAUUACAAGUAUAGAACAUUAGCCGAGAAUGAACACGUUUUACAAAAAAGAAUGGUCACACAAUUGUAUAUUUUCACUAUAUUUUCUUAUGCAGUUUGCAGCGGUUGGGUCGAUCGAACAAGAGUCUUUUUGGAACCAUUUGAUCAAAACACUUUCAAAAAAAGCUGUGGAAAUGGUAUGCUAGCCGGGAAAGACUACUUCGUAGUCAAAGGUCUUGUCAACAUUAGCGGACUAGAAGAAGGUGAAAUGGGGACGACUCAAAUGAUGAUUACAAACCCGCAAUACUGGGUCUGGAUCUAUAGGUCUGUAAGUAGGUCAUUCUGGCAACAAAUUUAGGCUUUGGGGGUAAAUAGGUCCUUCUGGCAACAAAGUUAAUUUUGGGGUAAUAUAACCGAUUCUGGAAACAAACCUAAGCUGGUGAUAAGUAGGUCAUUGUUGCAACAAAGCUAAGCUGUGGGUAAGUAGGUCAUUAUGACCACAAAACUAAGCUUAAUGUAAGUAUGUCAUGCUGGCAACAAAGCAAAGAUGUGAUUAAGUAGGUAUUUCUUGCUACAAAGCUAAGUUAGAAGUCUCCACUCCCCCCCCCACCUUUGGUCUCUGGCAGCUAGCUCACUACCAAUACAAGGGCCCUACAAGGAUGACUGUUCGUCUUAUGGGUGCUUUUUUCCUUUAUUUUCAGAAUUAUUUCAUUCUUUAAAUCACAGAACUCAAGUUUUUUUUAUUUUACUAAAGUUUCCAUGGUUACUCCCCCCUACUCGUGAGUAGUUUUGAAAAUAUGAUCCCAUUGCUUCUCCCUAACUUUUUAAACUAUUUUAUUUAUACAUUUGGGAGUUGAAAUAUGGUGAAAAAAAUGACUUAAGUUAGUUAAUAUUGGUUUAUACGCGCUGCGGUUCUUGAAGAACAUUGGGGAUUAUAGAAAUAUCACGUGUGUAAAGGACUCUUAUGUGGGACCAAUGUAGGUAGUGCUAGGAAUAUCUCGUGUGUGGGAUGUCCUAUACAAGAACCAGUGUAAGUGGUGAUAGUAAUAUCACGUGAAUGUGGGACUCUUAAGUAGGACCAAUGUUGGUGUUGCUAGGAAUGUCUCGAGUGUGGGGUGCUCAAAUGAAAUUCAAGAGUUCAAUACCUUCUAGAAACUCGGUCUAGGUACGGUGUGGUUUUGAGUGGAGUAAUUUUGUGUGUCGGGGUAUGGUGUUUUUUACUGUGGUGUGGACAAAUUGAAAAACAGAAGGGAAACGGGUGGAAAGGGAAAUGGUGGGGGAGAUUUCAUGUAAGAUGUAGGCUUAAUGUUUCAGAUGGCUUACGUACGAAAUGCAAGGACAAAUGAGGAUAGUCUAGGAAUACGAAAUUCAGGGAAUUGCCUUAAGCGAAGACGGCAGGAAGACUAUAGGAAAAUAAUGAUUUGUAAUUUUGGAGAGGAGGUGUGAUUUGUUUUAGAACUGUCUGUGAAGGACUUUUCUAAUCAAGUGCGCUUGUACUUGAACGUUCUACAUCCGUUCAGAUUUGUUCAGCUAACACAGGAUGGCACUUCCAGUUUUUAAUAAAAAAUAUGAAUUAAGAAAUCACCCAAUGAAAACUAUCGGUAGAAGUUGCUGUAGAAUUUAAUACAUAUGUAUAAUAUUUGUUUGUAAACUUUACAAAUGUAUAAUAAAACUUUCUCUAUCUGUGUAUAGCUUAAAGAUGCCAAAGUUCUUUUAUACGAGGCAACCUGCAAGGAUCUUGCUCAAAUCCCUAUCGACACUUGCAAAUGCACGUUCAUGGAUAACAAAUUCGUUCGCGUCAAGUGCAACAUUACGGCACAACUUCAGUACAGCGGUGGUGUCGUCAGCUUGCGCUAUGUACUGGGGACGUUUUAUUUUAGUCCUCCUAGUUCACCCCUGCCUGUCAUAUACGGUGAGUAGUUUUCCGCUACCUGUCGAACACGGUGAGUAGUGUGCUCAUUAGGUCCCACAUAAUAAUAAUACAUUAAUAACGGAUUCGAAGUGGGUUUCAAGUGUGUGUUUUAAGUAACAACAAAUAAAUUAAAAAUUCGCACAUCUCAGAGCUCAUCAUUUCUUAAAAGAACCCGUGCAAAUAUCGCAACUACUGUAAGACCCGCUUAUCUCGACCUUGGUUAACUCGCCAACCCUGUUUAUAUCGACGUUUUUGAAGUGGAACCGCCAAUUUAGAUCUUUGUUUUGUCUUAGCAUAUUCUCCUCGGUUAUCUCGAUCAUCGGUUAUCUCGACGCUUUUUGGCAAACCCCGAGGCCGUCGACAUAACCGAGUUCUACUGUAAUUGAUGUUUUGUCUCAUUGGAAACCUGUAUUUUUUCAGGUACUCCUUCGUGCACAGCACGUUCUGCUAAUCGAGGUAAUUAAUUAUCGGUGUUCUCUUAUAAGUCAUUAGCUCUGCCAUUGUCAGUUUUUAAGGGGACAUGGUCCUUUGUAGAAUGUCGAUUAAAGAGCUUUUUAAAGGACUGCUGAUUAAAUUCACUUUUGUGUGAUUACUGCAAAAUCUUCGGACGGUGAAUUGACCCAACAUUGAGCUUAAAUUUGGCGCAUUUCUAUCAAAUGCUAAGCCUCCCCCCCCCCCACCCCUAUCUAAAACCUGAAAAGUCAGUUAUACCUGUUUGCUUUUCAAUUUGAAGAUAAAGGAAAUAUGAUGACACUGAUUUCAUAAAAUAAAAUUCCUGAUUACUGCGCUAAAUAAGAUUAUUUAAAAGAAAAUAUUGCAAGCUCGUUUGGUGAGUAAUAUUUUUUUUAGUUUCUCUGUAACAGUUGGUGAAAUAAAUCUCUGGUGUAAACGCAGAUGAGACACUUAAAAUAUCUAAAAAUAAUUUUAAAAUAUAUAGCAAGGACUUAUACUGAAAAACUUAGUUUGUAGCAUUUCUUUAUUCCACCAAAAUAUGUUUAUUCUUUUUUGAGUAGUAGGACUUAAGAUCUAUAAAUUUCUAUUCAAACAUUUUGGUCAACAGAAGCUUGAAUAGAACUCAAUAGAAUAACAAUCUAAACAGGCACAGGAUCUAAUAAAGUACUACUCUUUCGUUUCCCUUUUACAGCAGCAAAGAUCCACCCGGAAAGCUUCACUGCUCUCAUUGGUAGGUAAUGUAGAACGUUAUCUGAAUAUAUUAAUUAAAAAUUGUUCGCUGCUUAUCAAACUAUGAGAAAAGACAACGCUAUCUUGAACAGGAGAUCAAAGGAAACUGGCAGGUGCAUUUAUAGACAUCGUUGCCUGUAAUAUAUGCCAGGGUUUUUCUCUGGCACAGUGUUCUUCGAAGUGCUGGUCCGCGGGCCAGCACCUGUCCGUGGGCCUUACUGUGCCGGUCUGCACAACAUGAGCAUCGAAACUGGAUAAAAAUUCUAUAAAUUUAAAGAAACAUUUGAAAAAAAACAAACAAUCCAUGCAUGGGCGUAAACGGUGCGUUUUCUCUCUUUGAAGUUUGUGCUCCCAUAGUGAGCCUGCUUAAAUAGAGUAGAAGAUCUAAAUUAAUGCUUUCCGUGAGUUUUGGUAUAUGAUAUGUCUGUGGAUUUAAAAAUUAUGUUAAGAAAAUAUUCAAACCUGUUUAUUUCGCCACAACCCAAUAUUUCCAUUGGAAAAGUGUCCUAUUAAUGUAUAGCAAUGCACAAUGGCUAUAGAGGAAAUUACCAAUAAUUUGUAUAGGAAAGUCCACAUUAUUUGUAUAACUAACACACAUAUUCUGGUGAAGGUCUGAGAUUACUCUCUUAUGACCCCGGCUAGUAAAUAAGCUACCAACUCCAUAUGCUGAGCUGAGCCAUACAACAUUUUCCUCACAAAGUUAAUUCCAACCACCCUGGCUUCCCUCGGGAGAUCUAGUGAGGGACAUUCGGUCAACAGCUGCGCUAGCGUCUCCGGGACCAGGCUGCAAUGUUGGCAGGUAGGAUCCCUGUUGUUAUCUAGCCACCAGAAGUAUGUGACUAUGGUUCAGUGCUCGGUGUGCAUCUGCGUCACUAAGCUCUGCUCUCUGCGCCCUAACCCCCACCAUGGGUCGUGUUUGCUAUGAGUCGGCAGGUUUGAAAAGACGCCUCUGGCAGUCUUGUUCUCUGCCCAUUGCCCGUACCAUUUCGUCAUGAAAUGGUCCGCCAGCCAGUUCUUAAUUCCCAAAUAUGAUAAUGGUACUUUUGGCUGAGGCUGGACAGCCCCGUUUUCGCCAGAAUGUCUGCUUUCUCGUUGCCACUGACACUGACAUGGCCUGGGUCCAUUCCACUUUGACCUUGCCUCCUAGUUCACUGAUAUUGCACACGUCAUCAAUGCUGACUUCAACUAUGUGAGUCGUUCCUGGUCUCCUUCUCAAUAUCUCAAUAGCCAAUCUCGAGUCCGAGUACACGAUCACAUCGAGCAUCGCAAGCUCCGUCACUUUUAACGUGCGAUACACUCUCUCUAGGGCCCUGUGAAUAGCCUCGAGCUCUGCAUCGAAAUUCAAUGCUGCAGUCCCACAGGGCCCCGAGACUUAUUCGUUCGGUGGUACCCUGGCAGAUAUAGUAUGAGCGCACCAUAACCAGAGGUUCUUUGUCUCAGCUUUUGCAGAGCCGUCUGUGAACACUUUCACUGGUAUGUUGGAAAACACAGCCAUGGUCUCAAGGACAGCUGCUGUCUGCCAUGAACAUGUUCAGGGCUGCGAUUCAUCACUGCUGCAUCGGUCAAGGCCAAAUGUAUGAAGGGACGUGAGGGUUCCGCAUAUAGUGGAUUUCAUGGCAUAGGGGUCAGUCGUUCUCUUUUGCAAGGCAGGUUGACUGUUCUCUCAAGUUCAACGCCCUGGUGUAUGAAAUAGGAUCGCAUUAUCUCCUGACUGCCACCCAGUUUGCCUGCAUCUGGAACUACGGUUCCUUCUCGUUUAACCGUCGGUACCGCUAUGCGGUAGUUAAUAUUGCUUUUUCCCUCCUUAUUUGUAAUAGUUUUACAUUGGCCAAGACCUCUAUAUCAGCAGUGGAUGUGUUCCUGAAUGCGCCACAGAUGAAUCUCAGAUCCUGAUUCCAGAUUCGGCCAAAUUUUUCCAAUGCUAGCAAAGGCUUGGACUGGCAUACUGUAAUACAUCACUGACCGUACACUGCCUAGAAAUAGAGAUUUUAGCGUUUUGCGCCCGCUCCCAAAUUUGUGCAAGCCAAUUUUUUUCAACAGAUGAAGCUUGGCGGUUGCCUAGAAGCACAGGUCUUGUAGCACCCAGUAGCCCCAAAGCCCACAGUCGGCCUCGGCUCCGACACCAACAUGCAGGGGAGGAAGGGAUUCGAGUUCCCAUCGCUUAGAGUUAUGUUUGAUUUACUAGCCACAUGUAAUGAAUAGUUAAUAGGCAUUUUUUUCUUACCUUCUCCCAGAGGGAGACUACAAAGCAAUCCACCUUCACAUUGGGAGACAGACUUAGUGACUUGAGUUUUUAAGCUUCAGGUAGUCAAGUCUACCCUACUAGUCGGUCGCACCAUGUAGAGUCAAAUGUCUUUUACAGCCAUUAUUUGUAUUGUCGUUUCCCCAUUGCUUGUAUUGGAAAUUUCACAUAGGUUGUAUAGGAAAUUCCUUUUUAGUUAUAUAGAGUAAAUUUCCAUUGUUUGUAUACGAAAUUCAUCAAUAGUUGGAUAGCAAAUUCCCCAUUGUGUGUAUAGGUAGUCUGCUGUCUAGCGUCUGCUUUCUGUCCUUCCCCUCUGACUUGUCCAAUUUGUAACAACGUGUUGAUAUAACAGUCAACUCCAAUAAUUCCCCCCCCCCCCCAACGAUAUUGCGUGAUCUAUGUUGUUACACUAACAGUCACCUCCAGGAGUCCCCACGAUAUUGCGUGAUCUAUGUACUUACAAUACCUGUGGGUUUUUUUUUCUUCUAUUAAAAUAGGUUCAGCCCUGUUGGGCACGGCUGUCGCUUGCCUAGGGUCAUCAAUAUUUUCCCAAGGUUAAUUUCAUACAAGGACUCUCAGUGAACAUACCCCAAUGAUGAAAUAAUAAAGGACGGAGCGCUAGAAUGAAAUUCAUCGAGGUACACGAACAGGAUGUUGAAAGCCACUUAAAGAAAAAUUUGAAGCAUCAGAUUAAGGAGUCUCCAAUGAAAUCCAUCGACGCUUUCCAACAGUAAAAUGCUCAAAUAUGCAUAUUUCAUUUUAAAUAACAACACUAACAAAAAAAAAACAACACAAUUUUAAAACAUUAAACUUAUUUCAAUUUAGCCUUGUUGCUAUUCCUUACA